AUGACCGAAGUUCAAGCUCCAGCUCCAGCUCCGCGAGCUCCUACAGAGCUCUCAUUCCCCCUUCCUAAAGCUCUACACACGACUGCGCACAUUCACCUCACGGCGCUGGACACCUGCGCAAUGAUAUUCCUGGCGACUUCAACAGCUGGCGAGUCGACAGGGAGUACAAGGCCCAUGGGUAGUUUCAUUUACGCCAUGCCCGACCGCACGUCGCCUCGCUCCACUAUCUCUACAACCUUGUACACCACUGCCUCGACGGAGGAAUACGCUACGCGGAUAGCUAAGAUUCUGGCGCGGCGAAUGGGCGUUCCUGUCUACCUCGGAUGCAGCAUUGACCCGGUCGCUCUUGGUCUGCUGCCUGAGGAGGAGAUGGAGGGGCUGACGAGCAUUGUGGAUAAAGUCAUGGCGAAAUGGGAAGCCCGUGACAGGUAG